AUGGACUACGGCAGUCCGGAUUACGUUGUUACAUCACGACCAGAUAUAGCAUAUGCGGUAAAUUUUAUGAGUCAGUUCAACUCAUGUUACACGGUCGACCACUGGAAAGCAGCGAAACGCAUCCUUCGGUACCUAAGCGGUACAAAGACGGUUGGACUUCUCUUCAAGCAGACGGGAGAUGAUCUAUAUGGCGCCGCCAUAAGUUGGGAGGCGCGCAAGCAACGUACUGUUGCAUUAUCAAGCACGGAAUCGGAGUAUUUAGCCAUGUCCGAGGCAGUGAAAGAGGCUUUAUACUUGAAAGCUCUUUUGAACAGGAUGGGCCUAAAGUUUAAGUGCGUGAGCAUCUUCAAUGACAAUCAAAGCGCUCAGCACUUGGUCAAAGGUUUUGGAUUCCAUCCUCCCACAAAACACAUAGACGUGCGGCACCACUUUAUCCAGGAGAUGCAUAAGAGUGGCGACAUUUCUGUGGAGUAUAUGCAGACAGAGCGUAUGCCCGCAGAUGUUCUAACGAAAGGCCUAGGCGGUCAAAAGCACAAUGAAUGUAGUGCAUCAUUAGGAUUGAUAAGUAUUUAA